CGGGCCGGGGGCGAGCCCGGUGCCCACCAUGCGGGGUGAUCUCUGGUUCCUGGUGCUGGUGCUCAGGGGGGCGGCCAGCGCGCUGAACCCCCAGCCCCGAGCAGGUCACCAUGAAAGCCAGGCCUCUGCAUGGGCUGGGAAGACCACACGGGGCUGGAAUCAGACAGCUCGAGGAAGCCCUGGACAGGUGUCUGAGCCAGACAGGACCCAGCUGAGCCUGGACCUGGGUGGGGGCCCCUUAGCCAUUGACACGCUGCCAGACAACAGGACCAGGGUGGUGGAAGACAACCACAGCUACUACGUGUCCCGUGUCUAUGGCCCCAAUGAGCCCCGCAGCCGGGAGCUGUGGGUGGAUGUGACCACAGCAAACCAGAGCCAAGUGAAGGUGCACAGGAUCCUCUCCAACACCCACCGGCAGGCUUCGAGAGUGGUCCUCUCCUUUGAUUUCCCUUUCUAUGGACAUCCUCUGCGGCAGAUCACCAUAGCAACAGGAGGCUUCAUCUUCAUGGGUGAUGUGAUCCACCGAAUGCUCACAGCUACUCAGUAUGUGGCCCCUUUGAUGGCCAACUUCAACCCUGGAUACUCUGACAACUCCACAGUCACAUACUUUGACAAUGGGACAGUCUUUGUUGUUCAGUGGGACCACGUCUACCUACAAGGCCGGGAGGACAGGGGCAGCUUCACGUUCCAGGUGGCCCUGCACCGUGGGGGCCGCAUUGUCUUUGGCUACAAAGAGAUCCCUAUGGCUGUCCUGGAAAUCAGUUCUUCCCAGCACCCCGUGAAAGCAGGCCUGUCAGAUGCCUUCAUGAUUCUCAACCCAUCUCCAGAUGUGCCAGAGUCUCGGCGCAGGACCAUCUUUGAGUAUCACCGUGUGGAGCUGGACUCCAGCAAGAUCACCAGCACAUCGGCCGUGGAGUUCACUCCAUUGCCAACCUGCCUACAACAUCAGAGCUGUGACUCCUGCAUGUCCUCAGACCUGACCUUCAACUGUAGCUGGUGCCAUGUCCUGCAGAGGUGCUCCAGUGGCUUUGACCGCUACCGCCAGGAAUGGCUGGCCUAUGGCUGUGCCCAGGAGGCAGAGGGAAAGACAUGCGAGGACUUCCAGGAUGAAGAGCACUACUCAGCCUCCCCGGAAAGCUCCUUCAGUCCCUUUGACAGGGACCUCACUUCCACCUCCUCCUCUCUCAUCCUUGACAGCCUCACUACUGAAGAUGACACCAAGUUGAAUCCUUAUGCAGGAGGAGAUGGCCUUCAGGACAACCUGGACCCAAAGACGAAAGGUCCCCCCGUACACCUGGGCACCAUUGUGGGCAUUGUGCUGGCUGUCCUCUUAGUGGCGGUCAUCAUCCUGGUUGGGAUUUACAUCAAUGGCCACCCCAACUCCAAUGCUGCACUCUUCUUUAUUGAGCAGCGGAGACCUCAUCAUUGGCCAGCCAUGAAGUUCCGCAACCACCCCAACCACUCCACAUACACGGAGGUGGAGCCCUCGGGCCACGAGAAGGAGGGCUUUGUGGAGGCCGAGCAAUGCUGAAAGUGCCACGCAAGGAGACCCAGGGACGGGCAAGAAAGAUGAGUCAUAGCGAUGCAGAGAAAAGGACUUUUCCUGGCAUCCUUGAGCUUGCCCUGCGCCAGGAAGAUGAGACAGCAGCUCAUGGUGCCAGACCCACAGCUCAGUCCUCAUACCCCAGACAAAGCGGGUUCAGCAGAAAAGCAACCAUGUGGGUUUCUUAAAGGAAUAGUAACCUCAUCUCCUAUGUGGAUGCCAGGGAUCCUUCCUUCCGAGGCUUUCAAUGAUCUACUCCCUAGCCAUUCCACAACCUCCUCGCCCCUGCUCCUGGUCUCUGGAGGCCUUUCUCAUGGGUAACUGGUUAACUGAAGCCAAGGCUGCUACACUCCAGAUCCAUGGGCUUAAGAGCUGUCCUAUGGCCAUGAAAUUGGCCUACUUAGGCCCCAACCUCUGCAGCUCUGGAAACCUGAAGAAACGGUUCCUCCUAUCUGGGAAGCUCUCAGCCCUUGGGCAGUUACGUUGACUUCUGCAUCAGGACAUGUGCGGCCUGUGGCCUGCCUCUGGCCCACCCAAACCCAGCUCCUACCUGGUCAACUGGGCCCUGCACAACCAUCUGUCUGAUGGGGGCUCCUGACUCCGUGACUUGACUGGCCCUGAUUUACUUGCUGGCCUGAUCUGGUGUUGACAUCUGUAGGUAUUUCUGAAGGCACAGCUUGCCUGGUUCAUAUUUUUCCUCUACCAAACUGGAUUUUUACAAUCAUUUCAGAUAAACAGGGCACUUCAAGACCCUCUCCAGCAGAGAGGGUCAGUUGGAUCCUGUUAAGAAGGCAUACCAGCCAGAAAGGUUAGGGACGGAGGAAGCUGGCAUGGGAGGGAAGGACUUUCUACCCACAACCUUGACCUAGAAUGUAGCCUCUGUCUCCCUAGCUCUGAAAGAAGUAUUGGAAGCAGGGAAGUUCAGGCUGCCAAACUGAGCUUGUUUUUAAGGGACUUCUGUCUAUCCCAGUGAUGGUGAGCUUCUGAAGGGCAUUGAGAAUUGAGAUCUAGAGCUCAUUUCAUUCCAAGUAAAAUAUAUCAGCAGCAAAUAAAUGUUAAGGCACUGUCUCCA